CACCACCAAAUCCCCCAUUCUCCAUCUUCAUCUCCAUCUCCAUCUCCUCUUCCUCUUUCUCCUCAUCCAAAAACCCUACCUUUCUUCCAAUCCUCUCGAGAUGCCCGCAUGGUGGCGCGCCAAAUCCAAGCCUAAGGGCUCUAAGCUUCCUAUCUCCGAUGACCACCACCCUCGCCGCUCCGUUUCCGACCAUAUCCCCACGCCUAGAACCCUUGACUCUCCGGUCACUCCCAAAAGCGCUCCCGCCUCUGGUGGUGGUGGUGGUGGUGGUGGUGCUGAUUUGUUUGACUUCGCCCACCCUCAACCGCUUCCGCUCCCUUCCCUCUCGGUGCCGCUGCUGGUGGCUUCGGUUCCUGGCUCGGCGUCGGCGUCCAGUGGGAGCUCCUCCGUUUCAUCCGAUGAGAAUCCAGAACUCGCUUUCUUUCGACCUUUGGAGCCCAGUAACAUUCCACGGGACAGAAAUGUGAAAUUUGAUUCCCAAAGGCUGCAAAAUGUGAUAGAAGAAAACCGGGCAUUCACUUAUGCUCCAGUUUUAGAGCCUGUUGGAGGCUCUGAUACUUCUUCCAGUAGAAGCACCCUUUCUCAUGGCAGGACCUCAAAUGAGACCAUUUAUCAUCGAAGAUCAGCCAAUGGUACCACUGGCCCGAGGGAACAUCCAUUUCAUGCACCACCAACUUCACCUAUACACCAAAGAGCAUUCACUGUAAGCCCAGAAUCUGUGAAACUGAGGCAAGAUGAUCUUAAGAGUCCACCGCAUCCACUUCCCCUACCUCCAGGCUCUCCCAGCUCGCCGCCCAUCUCUUCGGCUUCGCGUUCUCUUCAAUCACAUUGGAAAAAGGGAAAACUUCUUGGCAGGGGAACCUUUGGCCAUGUCUAUCAAGGAUUUAACAGUGAAAGUGGGCAGAUGUGUGCAAUUAAAGAGGUUAAAAUCAUCUCUGAUGAUGCAAAUUCAGCUGAAUGCCUCAGGCAAUUAAACCAGGAAAUUGCUUUGCUCAGUCAACUUUCACACCCCAACAUUGUCCAGUACUAUGGCAGUGAACUGGUGGAUGGCUCACUGUCUGUGUAUCUUGAGUAUGUUUCUGGAGGAUCAAUCCAUAAGUUACUUCAGGAAUAUGGUCCUUUUGGGGAGCCUGUGAUACGCAGUUAUGCCGGACAGAUUCUUUCUGGGCUUGCCUACUUGCAUGGCAGAAAUACUGUACAUAGGGAUAUUAAAGGGGCUAACAUACUUGUGGGUCCUAAUGGUGAAAUCAAGCUUGCUGACUUCGGCAUGGCUAAACAUAUAUCAGCAUUUACUUCAAUACGUUCUUUCAAAGGAAGUCCAUACUGGAUGGCGCCUGAGGUCAUCAUGAAUGGAUCUGGCUACAACCUAUCAGUUGAUAUUUGGAGCCUUGGAUGUACCAUCCUUGAGAUGGCGACUUCCAAGCCUCCCUGGAGUCAAUAUGAAGGGGUUGCGGCAAUAUUUAAAAUUGGAAAUAGCAAAGAUAUACCUGAGAUACCAGAACAUCUCUCUCCUGAUGCAAAGAAUUUUCUGAAACUUUGUUUCCAACGGAACCCAUCUGCCCGGCCUACAGCAGCUGAAUUGUUGGGCCACCCAUUUGUUCGAGAUCAAGCAACAGCAAAAGCUGGUAAAUUUAGUAUUGCCGGCGACACACUCAAAUCUCCAGAUAGAAGCCAUGCAUUGGCCACCUUGGAUUUUUCUUCCAAAAGAAGUGUAUCUCCUCUCCGUGAUGUAGACUAUGGGAUAAGACAUACGGUUGGAUUUCCUUCGUCUUCGCACACCAGUGAUUUAGCUGGCUUGAGAAUGAACAUGUCACUGCCGGUCUCACCGUGUUCAAGUCCUUUACGACAAUACAGACAGUCAAACAGAAGUUGCUUGCCGUCUCCCCCGCAUCCAGCAUACUCCACUGGCAUAAUCAAUCAUGGUCCGAGCAAUCACUCACUCUACCCAACAAGACUGAACAUCAACUUUUCGGAUCCAUGGCCUGAUUUUCAUCAAUUGAAGUUACCAACACCCUUCGACUCUCCGCUGAAGUCAGCAACCCCUUACGACUCCCCCUUGAGGUCAACACCGUAUGGAUCUCCACGGAAGUGUUUGUAGCACAAACUUGUUCGUCCGAAACAGCAAUGGAAGAGGUCCGACAGCGAAUUCUGGUGAAAAUUUUGAAUCAAAACCAGAAACAAAAAAAUCGACACAGGCGAAAAAAUAUGGCUGUUAAGGUAAAAAAGUGUUGUUGUAACUGGGAAGUGAGUUUCACCAGUCUCUGUUGUAUGUUUGUAAGAUCAAAUCUCAACAUGAUGUACAUAAGCUGUAUGUUUGUUUCAGUUCAUAAAUCUGGUGAAAAUAAAGAUACAGAUGAACCAGUGAUCUUCAAAACCAGGAACAUGUAAAUUUUUUAUUUAACUCUAUAGCAUUGUAAAGGCGAUGACUUUUUUUUGUCA